AUGAGCAGCGAAAUCUUCGAAGAGUGGGUACGUAAAGUCGACCAAAAAUUCCGGGUAGAUGGUCGAAAAAUUGCUCUCAUUGUCGACAACUGCCCUGCUCAUCCAACGUUGUCCAAUUUGACCAAUGAGCAGCUUGUCUUUCUGGCACCAAAUACAACAGCUAUCUUGCAACCAUUGGACCAGGGUGUCAUUUGCAGCCUCAAAGCGUAUUAUCGUGGAAAGGUUGUACGUCUGAUUUCCAGAGCUCUGGAGGAAAAAAAGCCUUGUCCAAAGAUAUCAGUUCUGCAAGGAAUGAAGUUACUGGCAGAUUCUUGGGAACUCGUAUCCAAAGAAACCAUUGUAAACUGUUUUAGGAAGGCUGGUAUCACCCCUGAUGGUCAACAGGCUGUCAUUGAUGAUUCUGAUGACCCGUUUAAAGAUCUUCAAGAAAGCUUGAAUAACUUGAGGAAAGCAGAUUCAUCAAUGGUGCCGAGUGAUGUCACCGCCACUGCUUUAGUGAUCUUGGACAACAACGUCAUUGCAACAGCCCCUGAGAUGAAUGAAGAUGAUAUCGUGAGCAGGCUGAAGAACCAAGAAAACGAAGAGGAAGAGAGUGGUGAUGAGGAGAUCCAAGGUGGAGAGAUGUUUGAUCCUGUGGCGGAAAUGCCUUCGAGAUCUGCGAUUGAAUCAGCUUUAGAAGUUUUGAAAGAUGCUGCCAUGUUCAGUGACAAAAGUGGACAAAUGAAAAGAGCGAUUUUUGAUUUUGAACGGCUUUAUGAAAGUGAUCGAGCGGAAUCUCUUAAGCACAUUUUUAAAAUCCUGUAUUGA